GGACGGCACCCGGUCGUCCCGCCCAGCUCCCCCGCGGCAGCCUCCGGCUUCCGGGAAGGCCGGGCACUUUGGACCCGGGGUGCGCGCUCGGCGGGCCCAGGAGGCGGGGAAUCAUGGCAUUUGGUGGUGAAGAGAUAGACGAAGUUAUGAAGGAGUAUUUGAAAGAUGAAGAAUUUACAAAAGAUGAACAGAAGCAGAAAUUAAUUGAAAAAAUAUUAGAGGAAAACAUUUACUUAACGAUGGAGAUCCAAAAGCUUGAAACUGAGUUACAAGAGCCCACCGGCAGCUCUCAGAUUAAAGAGGAUAUUCCUGAAACAAAGAUGAAAUUCACAUCAUUAGAGAAUCCUGAGGAUGACAGCAGGUUUUCAAAUAUCUCCUGUUCAUUUCAAGUGAGCUCACGAGUUCCUUAUGAGCUACAAAAAGGAGAAGCACUCAUCACCUUUGAAGACGAAGAAGUUGCCCAAAAUGUGAUCAGAAUGGAGAAGCAUCACGUGAACAUAAUGGAUAUAGGUGUGGAGGUUAUGGCCAAGCCAGUUCCCUUAAAUUCAGGAGUCAGAUUCCAGGUUUCUGUAGAAGUGUCUAAAAUGAAGGUCAAUGUUACUGAAAUUCCUGGAGAAUUGCCUGAAAAUCAGAUGAGAGACAAGAUAGAACUGAGCUUUUCUAAGUCCCGAAACGGAGGCGGAGAAGUGGAAUGCGUAGAGUAUGAUAAGCAGGCCGGAAGUGCUGUCAUCACAUUUGUGGAAACUGGAGUUGCUGACAGGAUUUUGAAGAAGAAAGACUAUCCGCUGUAUAUAAACCAGGACUGCCACAGAGUUGUUGUUUCACCAUACAUAGAAACUCACUUGAAAAAGUUUCAGGUAUUUUCAGGAAUAUCUAAGAGGACAGUGCUUCUGACUGGACUGGAAGAUCUCUACAUGAUGGAUGAAGAAAUUGUAGGGGAUUCCGUUAACAUUCACUUUCAGCGGCCGAAGAAUGGAGGUGGAGAAGUAGAUAUGUUCAAAUGUUGUCUCAAUGAAAUUUGCGUAGCAUACUUUCAAGAAUAGACUUAUGGAGUCAUAUAACAAUUAGAGCUUCUGAGCCCAAAUCACUAUCUGUGUUUUACAAAAACUUUUCUCCUU